AUGCCACCGAAGCCAAAAACCCCAAAGGCCCCGAGCCGUCCCGCCGCCGCCCCCAAGAAGAAAGCCGACAUGCCAAAGGAUCCAACUUCUAGUCAGCCCACCAAGAAGAAGCCCAAGAUUGCUCGGAAGCGCAAAAACGACGGCAAUGACGAUAUUCUCGCUCCCGGAAUGAAUCCGAAAGGCUUCGUGCAAUUACACAAAGGCGAAGGCCAGGUCGGCUCCUACGCCAUGUUCGGCCGCCGGGACGAUUUCCGCAAGUUCAUCCUGUCCAGCCUAGUGCUGAAUGCCUAUACCAAUUCUUACACCGACAGCAUAACAAUCCAAGUGCGCCAGAGGGACGUACUCGAGUAUAUCCGUGACCAGGAGGAUAGAAUGAAGUCGGAGGCAAGCCCCAUCGACGUAUACCCAAAGCAGAGCGACAAUAUCCACGCCGUUCAACGAACCGCCCUCGCAUGCGCACAGCUUUCCAGACAGGUUGAGAGGGCUUCCGGGCAAUGGCCAUUCGACCAAGAGCAGGAGAAGAAGGCUGUCAGCGCGUUCGAGGCCCUGGCAGGAAGGCAAGCAUCGGCUUUUGACCGUUCGGACGUGAGCGUGAAGAGCUUCGGCCCCUUCCUCAAGUACGGAGAAAGCGACCUAGAGCCAUACAGCCGCGCGUUCAACGUGAUCUUGUGUCUUUCGUGGUCAUUGAGCCCCAAAGUAUGGAGCAAAAGGUUCGAAAAUGCCAAGUGGGACGAGGAGGUCCGGUUUAGUACAGCUCACGUCCCGCAUUGGAUGCGGGAGCGAGACGGCACAAAGAAGCCCGCCAAAGCCCCAGACCAAGCAACAAAUACAUCCGAGCCGCCCAAACCGAACCCGGAAGUGCUUGUAUCUUGGAAGAUGACUUCCCUUUUUCCUAAACAACGAGAGCUCACGGAAUGGUUAACAGAAAUCGGGCUGGUCGACAACAUCCCAAGUGAACUCCCGAUAACAGUCAGGCCGACAGCAACCCGCGCAGAAGUCCGCGACAUCAUCCGAGCCAAGUUUCAAUUGAAUCAGAACCAGGCCCAGAUCGCAACACUGCAGGUGAAGAGCUCGUUGUCGAACAUCAUGAAGCAAGAUUGGAGCGCCGUGCAGAAAGAGCUAUGGUCUGGAAUCGAUUCAAGCCCAGUUGUCGAGAUGACCUUGAUCGACGUUGUCUGA